AAGUAAUUGUUUUAGUCAAUCAGUUAGUUUCACUUCUCUCGUCCGAUGAAUAAGUUUUAAAUACAAAACGUACGCUGGCAGCAAAAAGUCAAAUUUAUCGAUAGCUUUAGAUGAUCGGAUUAGUAAUGAAAUUAGUUUUAAGCUCAUGGUCGCUGUAUGUAAUGACCAUUGCGAUGGUAAGCGCUAAUGAAUGUGCUCUUAACACUGAGUGUGUACCUAUAGUCGAUUGUCCCUUCAUCCGGGACAGUUUCAGUUUAAUCAAGAGGAAACCAUAUUGCAAUUUGGAUCGCGAUGGUACAAACGUAUGCUGCCUGAAACCGCCACAAAAUUAUACGCAGGCGAAAGAUUAUGAUUUGCGCAUUGUAAGAGAGUGCAGAUCCUAUCGUAGUCUACCAAGAAAAUGCAGUGUACCUCUCAUAGUUGGCGGCCUUAAAGCGAAACCAAAAGAGUUUCCUUUUAUGGCUUUACUAUACUAUAAAAAUGAAGAUAAAUUUACUCAGCUUUGCGGCGGUACUUUGAUUAGCAAUAAAUAUGUUUUAACAGCCGCUCACUGUUUCUACGAGACCAGUACUCCACCGAAUUGGGUGCGCUUAGGAGAAUUAGAUUACAGCACUGAUACAGAUGACGCUUCACCGCAAGACUUUAAAAUCGAAAAUUUUAUACCUCAUCAUCAAUAUUACACCACCGAUAUACAAACUAAAUAUAAUGAUAUUGCUUUGGUUGAACUGGCCCAAGAAGCUAGCUUUAACGAUUACGUAAGCCCAGCCUGUCUACCUCUGGUUGAUGGAAAUGAUUUUCAAGAAUUUCUGGCCGCCGGCUGGGGUCUCAUUAGUGAUACUUCGCUUGAGUAUUCAUCUCAUUUACUUAAAGUGAAACUAGAUCGUUACGACGAUGACAAAUGCUUUGAAAUAAUCGAGCGCAACGAAGAAUUGGAAAAAGGUGUUAAUAAUCGAACGCAAAUUUGUGCGACAUCUUUUAGCGGAAAUAAUGGCACUUGCUUAGGUGACUCUGGUGGCGCACUUUUUGUUAAUCAUCCCGAGUUUCCUUGCGAAUUCCUCGUAGUGGGGAUUACGUCAUUCGGUGAAGGUGGUUGCGGCAAUCAAGGCAUUCCAUCUGUUUACACCCGAGUCAAAUUAUAUAUCGAUUGGAUAGAGCGUAUCAUUUGGGAUUGAAUGAAAAAGCAAAACAAGUUUCUAAUAAAUAACUUACAUGUAAAUAAUA